AUGACAAGGUGUGGUGCGUGGGGUUGCGGAGGAGAAGGGGCUGAAGCGGUUGCAUCAGCGCACGGAGAACGGCCGGGCUCAACACACAAGGUUGCAGAGGUUCAAUGCUCUAGAAAUACGAGACCCGACCCCGAGCAACCGCACGCGCUGCCGCCGCUGCGCGCCGCCUGCCAUGCCUGCGCGAUCGCACUUGCGCCCUACCCUUUCGUGCGUAGACGAUACGACUACGUCGCG